AAAAAGUGAGAGGAGAGGGGGAAUUAAAAGGGUUCACGCGGAGGAAGGUGUGGAUGUUGGUAAGCCACCCCGUUCGCCAGCUGGCUGUCGGAGAGAGGCGUCCCGGAGAAACUCACAACCCAAACCCUUUCUCUCCUUCCUUCUUCUUCUUCUUCCAUUUUUCAAUUUCCAUUGCACGUGAUUCGCCAUCUCCCAUUUCUCUGUAAAACUUCUCUCUCUCAAACAGACUCCAUCGCUUUCUUCGUCCAUCAAUUAUAUCAAAUCAAAUCCUUUCUUUCCUCUCACUCUAUCCUUUCCUCUCCUUUCCUCUCCCCCAUCAUCAUCAUCAUCAUCUUCUUCUUCUUCUUCUUCUUCUUCUUCUUCUUCAACGUUCAAUUCAUUCAUUCAUUCAUUCAAAUGCUCCGAUCCGCUCCAGCGCUUAUGCCCAAUCAUUUUGACGUUCCUGUUUCUCGGGUAUUAUGCCAUCCAGCUUGAAGAUAUUGGGGGGAACCUUAAGGGUUUUAUCAGUGGUUUUUUGUUGACUGAGGAGUAUGUAAGUUCGAUUAGACCUUAUAUGGGUGUAGGAACUACUUGGUGAAAUGGUUUUAUAUUCUGAACAUCUAAAGGAAUGGAGGAUCAGCGAGAUGAUGUUGCACCAUCAGAGCAAGGGCCUUCCAAUGCUUCCUGGUGGUCUUCUGAUUUCGAGGAGAAAUUUGGAUCUGUUUCUUUGGGCCCUCGGGAAGAUAUUGUGAGUGAAAAGGAAGAAAUCAUCAAUUCUGACCAAGAUGUGUUGUUGUCGCCUCAUAGGGCUUCUCAAAUUCUCUGGCGCACUGGAAUGCUUUGUGAACCAAUUCCAGAUGGUUUCUAUUCUGUUAUUCCGGAUAAAAGGCUAAAAGAGCGGUUCCACAGUAUUCCGUCGCUGGAUGAGCUUCGUGCUUUGGAGGCUGAAGGUUAUAGAAACGAUGUUAUUCUUGUGGAGACGGAGAAAGAUAAAAAGCUUUCUAUGCUGAAGCAACUGAUCCUGACACUGGUUAAAGGAUUGAGUUCAAAUCCAGCUGCAAUUAUCAAGAAGAUUGCUGGACUGGUUUCUGAUUUUUAUAAACGACCAAUUUUAGAUAGUCCAGCAAAAGCUGCUCUAGAAGAAAACUCCCACUUGUUCGAGGAUAGAGGCAUUCAAUUACUUGGACAAAUAAAAUUUGGUUCUUGCCGUCCAAGAGCUAUCUUAUUUAAGGCUCUGGCGGACACGGUAGGGCUUGAAAGCCGUCUCAUGGUGGGCUUGCCAAAUGAGGGGGCUAUUGGGUGCGUGGAUUCAUACAAGCAUAUGUCUGUGACAGUUGUGUUGAAUUCUGUGGAAUUAGUUGUCGAUCUGAUGCGAUUUCCUGGCCAGUUGUUACCUCGGUCGACUAAGGCAAUUUUUAUGACCCAUAUUUCUGCUGCUGGUGAAAGUGAUUCUGCAGAAAACGAUUCCUGUGAUUCACCACUAGAACCUAAUAGUCCUCUUUAUGGUUUCUCAGAAAGAGUUGAUCCUGACAGUGCCGAGAAAGAUGAGAGCCUUCAAUUCCAUAGAAAAUUUGAAGCAGCUUCAAAUGCAUAUGGUCAUUCAUUGCGCAACAUGAUGUUGCGAUCAAGUACAACACUUGACAGGAAACUGAGUUUAUCACAUAGUGAACCUAACAUUGCAAAUGCAUUUUGGCGACGUAGUCGGAGAAAGGAUAUUGCUGAACAGCGGACUGCUAGUUCAAGUCCAGAGCAUCCUUCAUUUCGGGCGCGUGGCCGGUCUAUGCUUAGUGGGGAUAGGAAAGCCUUCAGAGAUUUUUCUGAUGAUGUCUCUACUUCAAGAUCAGAUGGCGCUUCAACUUCAACUUCAACUUCAGAAGCACGUCGAUUAAGAAGAAGGAGCAUCAGCAUUACUCCUGAGAUUGGUGAUGAUAUCGUGAGGGCUGUACGAGCAAUGAAUGAAACACUGAAGCAAAAUCGUCUUUUGAGAGGACAAGAAGAUGACAGGUCGUUCUCCCACCCUUCAAAUGAAAGAAAUAGUAGUUCAGAUGUUCGGAGAAAUGAUCAAGUGGGUUCUCAAAGAGCAAUAUCAUUACCAUCAUCGCCACAUGUGUAUAGGGGUCAAACCUCUGAUAGAAUUGAGCAUUCAGCGUAUGCAAAUGAUGAAUUAGGCUCAAAAUGGACUAAAGUUCUUGAAUCUUUCUCCUUGAAUGACAAACCACUAUUACCUUACCCAGAGUGGAACAUCGAUUACUCAGAACUGACAGUUGGAAUUCGUAUUGGAAUUGGGUUUUUUGGAGAAGUUUUCCGUGGCAUUUGGAAUGGAACAGAUGUGGCAAUCAAAGUUUUCCUAGAGCAAGAUCUAACUCCUGAAAACGUUGAAGACUUCUGUAACGAGAUAUCAAUUCUUAGUCGUCUUCGACAUCCUAAUGUUAUACUAUUUCUGGGGGCAUGCACAAAGCCACCACGCUUAUCAAUGAUCACCGAAUACAUGGAAAUGGGUUCCUUGUAUUCCUUAAUCCAUUUGAGUGGUCAGAAAAAAAAACUUAGCUGGCGGAGGAGACUGAAGAUGUUGCGUGACAUAUGCAGGGGUUUGAUGUGCAUACACCGAAUGAAAAUAGCUCAUAGAGACCUAAAAAGUGCAAAUUGCCUAGUGAACAAGCACUGGACCGUCAAGAUAUGUGAUUUUGGACUUUCAAGAAUAUUGACAGAUACUCCAGCAAGAGGGUCUCCAUCUGCAGGAACUCCAGAAUGGAUGGCUCCUGAGCUAUUUCGAAACGAGCCCUUCACUGAAAAGUGUGAUAUUUUCAGCUUGGGGGUCAUUAUGUGGGAGCUAUGCACGCUAAACAGACCAUGGGAGGGUGUUCCACCUGAGCGGGUAGUUUAUGCUGUUGGCACCGAGGGAUCCCGCCUCGAGAUUCCCGAAGGCCCACUUGGCAGGCUUAUAUCAGAUUGUUGGGCAGAACCAAAUGAACGGCCAAGCUGCGAAGAGAUUCUCUCACGCUUGCUGGACUGCGAGUACUCACUUUCUUGAUAUGGUUUGUUUUGUUUUUUUCUUUCUUUGUUUUGUCUGUGUACAGAAAACAUGGUAGAGGUGCUACUUUUGAUGUUCUCGGCUCCAAUUGUGAAACUCUUGUUGAUUUUUCCAACCAUUGUUAUACAAUUUAAAGGGAGAAAAAAAAAAGAAAAAAAAAAGAGAGAACCUGUUGGUUUUUAUCUUCCAAUGGUUUCUUUCUAUGCUAUAAAGAAGCAAAGACCAUCUCAGUUUCUGACUCGAAAACUUAAAAGCAUCUCACUUGCUUUACGUGUAAGAAGUGAGAAGAAUCUUCGGUUUG